AUGGAUGGUCUGGAGGCUCAGCCCAAGAACCUAGAGUCGUUGGUUAACAUCCCGUUUCCUAGCACGCUACGAGCUAUGCAAUCCUUUCUCGGGAGCUUGAACUACUACCGUCGCUUCAUUGAGUAUUUCGCGGUGUGUGCCGCGGUGUUGUAUGAGGAAAGAGAAUCGGAUUUCUUCGAGAUCGACCAAUCUCAGCUUGCAGCAGGAGACGAAUGCUCCAACGAGGGUCGAUGGACGGAAGCCAAGGUUGCUUUCACUAUGCUAAAAGCUAAGAUAGCUACAGCUCCCAUGCUCAAGCAUUUCGACCCAGAUCGGUCCCCCGUAAUCGUGGUCUACGCUAGCAAGUGGGCUGUCUCAGCGGCCCUGAUACAGGAGUACGAUGGCGUGUACCAUCCGGUGACGUUUACUAGCCGCACUUUAAAGCCUAAUGAGCUUAACUACGGAAUGGUAGAAAAAGAAAUGCUGGCGCUACUUCGUGUGUUGGAUGUGAAGAAAUUUGAAAGAGGAGAGGAAGAAAUCCUGGGCAUGUUAGCAGCGAGUAUCACUCCGAGAGGACAGGUGGAAGAGAUGCUGAUUGCGAUCUCCCCACGAAAAGACUGUCGACUCAAAAUAUCGAUGCCUCCUCCAACGGUGGAAACAGACGAGGAGUUGCUGGUAGCCAGUUUCGAUGGAUCGGCUAGGAUAAAAAAGAAAGGAGGGUCGUUCAGUGCCGUGAUAUGGAAGUUACCCGAAUGGACGAUCGUGGCGGCCGAAUCGAGAUAUGUUCACGAUCUGACUGUGAACGAAGCUGAGUAUAAUGGCUUGCUACUGUGCUUUGAGUUACUCGCCGGUCUGAAUAGGGGGCGAGUAAUACUGUGUGGAGAUUCCAGUCUGGUGAUUCGACAGAUGCGCGGUGAGAUCGACUGCAAGGCACCGGGCCUUCAGCUUCUGAGACACAAAGCGUUGGAGAAGCUGCAGUCAUGGCCUAGUCACGAGUUUCUGCAUAUGAAGCGAGAGUGGAAUCAGAGCACAGAUCGACUAGCCAGCACAGCAUUGCAGAGCGAAAAGGGAAGAACGGUUGUAGCUGAAGAGGGUCGGCAAGAUCUGAUGACUCUGAACCGUCUCGAUGAUUUGUUGAAGCCCAAGCAAGAUGAUCAGCUAGCUCGGGUAACUGCGAUCGCGAUAUUAGCCAGGAGGAUACGUCAUGAACCUGAAGUGAUACAGGAGGAGAUAGUACAGAGGAUCAGGAUUCAACGAAUUGUCUAA